CUUACCCCCAUCUUCAAGAUGACUGCCCGGCCAUUGUCGCACAUCCUCCGUGCGCGCUGCCUGCCUCGCCAGCCCCAGAACACCCAGGCAUUCUCAACUCGAUCCAGUCUCCGUGCCGCGGACCACGGUGACCACUAUGAUCCUCCCACCGGCUGGCUGUUCGGUGUCAAGCCCGGCCAGAAGUACGUGAAGGAAGGCUGGGAGAACAUUUGGUACUAUGGAUUCAUUGGAAGCUUUUUGGUCGCUGGUGUCGCAUACGUUUUCAAGCCCGAUACCUCUAUACAAACUUGGGCUCUUGAAGAAGCCCGACGGAGACUGGAAGCUGAGGGCAUCCUCGAGGACCCUGACAAGGUCAAGAAAUAAACGCCAAAUUUGUACGCUGUACAUAGAGAUCAAAGAGGGACUAUUUCUAUUUAUGCCUGUACUACCUGCAACGGCAGAUAUGAUGUUCCGGUCUCGUUCUUAGACAGGUUUUCUUUUGCAUGCUCA